UGCAGCAACAAGUAAAUUUUAUUAUUGUAAUACAAAAGGCUAUUUUUAAGUUUUUGAUUUUUCAUUAUUUCUGUUUUUAAAUAAAAAAAAUUUCAUAAGAUAGAGUUACCACAAGUCUUCUCAUUUGUAUAUUUAUGAAUUUUACUAAGUGAAAAUUAAAUUUUUAAAUUUGAUUGUUUUUUUCGAAUUACAAUAAAUUUUUUAAUCAAAAUAUAUGCAAGCAUACUUAUAUAAGGAAAGAGUGCGGUGGUUCCUUAACGGCUUUUCAUUUAAAAAUAUAAUAUAAGAAUAAAAAAAUAGUAAAAAUAAAAUAAAAAAACAAAACUUAAACAGUAAUAAAAAUAAGUAUACAUACAUACACAUACAUAAAGUAAAUACUUAUUUAUGUACAUAUAAUUGUGUAUGUAUAAGAUACAAAGAAUUAUAUAAAAAAAAUUAAAAUUUAAUGCAAGUGUCGAGUGGGUGAAAUUCGUGAUUAGAAAUUAAUUCUAUCAAAUUACUGGAGCUCUUAUUGGAAUUGAAAAUAUAAUAGAAAUAAUGAAUAUGAAGGUAUUUUUAAUAAUAUUGUCACUCGUCAGCUAUUCAAAUUGCGCUGGAAUGCUGAGGCGAACACCAAAAGUGUAUAAUGCUUUAAUAACAACAGAUGAAAAUUUAACACCCAGCAGAGCAUUUCCCGUUAUCCAACCUACAAUACAUGAAACUGGCAUAGCACACUACCCAUAUGGUCCUUAUAAUCCAUACAGGAUAUAUCAUCCACCUAUAGUACAUCUAAAUUCUCCUUUUGAAUCUCGAGAAACAGAAUCUUUUCUCCAACAUCAUCAUCAUCAUCUUCAUCCACAAGGCCCACCUUAUGAAAGUUUGACUCCACCUACAGGUCCUUAUCACCAAAUUGACGGUUCCCCAUAUGAAACAAAUCAAAUUGGAUCUCUACAUGCGCAACAACCUCCAUUACAAAUGCAGCCGGCUCAGAUACCACAACCUCCACCACCACCACCUCAACAACAAAACAAACAUCAUUUAGGCCCGAUUCCUCAACAAGGUUACCCAAGAUUAUACCCCCAACAAUCGCAACUUCCUCAAUUAGAAUCAAAUUUAUCCGAAAUUGAACAAAAACAAGAUCAGCUACCCGUAAUACCAGCUCAAUCAAAUGAAAAACCAUCACCGCCUAGUCCACAACAGCCUCCUAUACCUUUGAAUGAAUUCGGUCUACCACCAAGCUUAAUACCACUACAAACAUAUCAGCCACAUAAUCCACAAUUACCACCAUAUACAUUUAGUACUUAUCCACUAAUAUAUGACCAAUUUAAUCAUUAUCAUCCUGGACAAGAUCAUUAUUUACCACAUUUCGAUUAUUACCCACCUCAUUCAUAUGGAAUACCAAUUCAUCGACCUGGUAAAAAUCGACCAAAAAAUCCGUCAACUUCAACAUCAACUCCAUCAACUGCAGUAAACGAUAUUGACCCAAUUUUAAAUAGUACAGAUUCAGUUGAAAAUAUAACGGAGGCAGUGCCAAAACCACAACGAGAAAAUAACGUACCCUUAGACAAUAUAAAAAAUGGUAUUGAAAAUAAAAAUGCAAAUAUUCCAGAUGUUCCGCCACCACCAUUACCUGCAGGUGCCAAAAAAGCGCAAAGGAUAAUUACACUUUGAGAAUUGGAAGAAUGAAAUUUUAUAUUUCAAUUCUAAAUGUAUAUCUAGCAUUUUUAUUUAUUUUAUAAAAGUAUAUAAAUAUGUUCAUAAUAUACAAACCUACAUACAUAUAUUUAAUUAUUAAGAAAAAUCUUAAAUUUUUUGAUUUUUAAAAGAUUUUAUUUUAUAAUUUAAUUAAGACUAUAAAUUAUAUUAUAAAUAAUUAUGAUGUUUUAAAUGAGGUCUAUAUGAAAAUGUUAUCUAAUAAUAUUUUAAAAAAUAUUUCUAAUUAGGAAACCAAAUUUUUUUUAAACAAAAAAAAAUUAAGAUUAAUUUAUUAUAAAAAUAAAAUUUUAUGAAUAUACAUAUUUAAAACAAAAAAAAAAUAAAGAAAAUAUUAAAAAGUAAAUUUUUCAAAAAUUAUUGAUAUACGAGUA